AUGAUAAGGAAUUCUGGCUUAUCACAGGCCAAUAAGAUUAUAGUACCUAAUAAUAGUGAAGCCAUGAUCCAGAAAUAUACCUGUGUGCCAGUUGAUGAAUACGACGUCCUUAUUGUCACGAACGGUGCAGUGCAUCAAGUAGAGCAGGCUCUCCAUCAAUUGAACGAACGGACCGACAAUGAUAUUCCACUCAAUGCAACUAUUGUAUACUUAGAUUCUUUCGAAGAUUUGGUUACACACUUGAGAAUUACUAACAUGGAAACAAUGUCGCCAACCACAAACUUUAAGGGUAAAACGGUGUUCAUGUUUUUUAACGGUCUUGAGUAUAUACAGAAUUUCAUUUGUGAGGUAAUUGAUUACUAUGGCUCUUUGGUGAUGGGAUUCACACCAGAUUUCCACAAAGCAAGAUUGAGCAUUCUCAACAACUCCUACUAUUAUUUUGAUUCAUCCGUGGCCACAGACCUAGGGAUGGAACCCACUUCGAUGUUGAGCGAUUCUGUUCAAUUCAACUACAUUGUCACCAUUGUUAACGACAUCUUGAAGAAAAUGAGCUUCAUGUUGCAUAGAAUUCGCGGAGUGUACUUGGAUGACAUCCAAUUUAACGGUGAAAGACUGUACCCAUUGCAAGCAUUACUACGCAACUUCCCCAACCUUGAGAGAGUGGAUCUUGCAAGUGAAGCCGAAGUUUGCUUUAGGGAAAUAGUGGUUUAG